AUGUGCGGUCGAUUCAGUUUACACGUACCCCCGACAGAGUAUAGUCGUAGGAUCGCCAUUGAUUAUGGCUUAAACAUUCAACAGAAUAGCUCUAGUACUUGGAAUCAAAGUUACAACGUUUCUCCUACUUCAAAUGUUCCUGUCAUCAACCAGAGCUUAGUCGUGAGAGUUUGUAGAUGGGGAGUUAUUCCUCACUUUUCUAAAGAGUCACAACUACAUGGAUCAAAUUACACGGCUUCGUUGAAAACAAUCAACGCGAGGUCAGAGUCCCUCGAAGAUGGCAGCUCUCCACUCUGGAACUCACUUAAGAGCUCAAAGAGAUGCAUUAUCCCCGUUGACGGCUUCUUCGAAUGGCUCCAAUCAGGGAGAGAGAAGAUACCUCAUUUUACCAAACGUAAAGAUGGAAAAAUGAUGAUGUUCGCUGGUUUGUACGAUACCAAGAAUUCAAAAAACGGUAACGAGCAGAAUAUUCAGUCCUUCACAAUCAUCACCACUAGGGCUUCAUCCCAGUUCUCAUCUGUUCACAGCAGAAUGCCCGUAAUACUUACCCAGCAAGGUGCUGUAAAGUGGCUUGACAAGUCUAAAAAGUGGGACACUGAACUUGCCCGUCUUCUCGAACCAUUCAAUGAUGACUUGGAUAUCUACGCUGUGACAAAGGAGAUGUCUAAGCCGGGUUCAAGCAAACCAAGCUAUGUUCAACCCAUCAACCAACGUAAAGAUGGUAUUAAAUCUUUCUUCGCUAAGCAAUCUCAAUCGCCCCAAAAAGACGGUGUUACUAAGGAGGAUUUGAAGAAAGAGGAAAGCGGUGAUGUGAGAAAGGAGGAAACUGAAAGCAAUCUCAAAAGAGAAGAUAAAGAAUUAAACACAGCUAUUAAGCGCAGCUUGGAAGAUGCGGGCGGUGAUUCUCGGAAAAACUACAAACCACUCAAGAUUGCUAAGAAGGAACAAGACAACAAGACACUGGAUGGAUUUGUAAAGCAAGGGUAA